CCAUAUGCAUCUCAGUAUGCAGCUAUAGGCGGUGGAGUUGCAGCAACAGUAGUGGUAGUAUGCAUCAUUAUCAUCAUUCUCGUUUAUAGAUGCAAGUGCAAGCCGAAACAAGACCCAAACUAUGGUUCCGGUCUCGAGGUCUGGAGAUGGCAGGUGGAGAAGCAGCACCUCCUGGGUACGAGACUACGAUUGUGGCUUUCCCCGAAGCUUCUGGCAGUGACACCUUGCGCAUGAACAUGGAGAAUUACGACCAGCAAGGCGAGAUCGAGAAUGAAUAUUUAACGCCCCGAAUGAAGAGAGGGACCAUGCUGCAGGCAGAGUAUGUCAACAUGAAGACCAGAGACAACCAAGUCGUCGUGGUAACGGAGGAUAUCUACGAAAACAUGGCGAACGAUGCCUCAGGUAAACACGCCGUAACUUCGAAGGAAGCUGAAUAUUCGGUUGUAAUCUAAAGCUCAAAGGAGGGAAGUCUGAGUUCAUGAUUUUAUAGGCUCGAAGGUCAUGCUGAACAACAUCCAAGAAAGCUUCAUUACAGUUUGUGAUGCUCAGAUCAGCCCUGGCCUGCAAAUAAAUGCAGGAACCUUGGUGUUGUCAUCGAUUCGAACUCUAAAUCAUAAUAUAUCCCACACAUGUAUAGCCAUUAGAUUCCAACUCUGCUACCUUUCGCACACCCGAAGAUUUUGUCUCACCUCCCUGCUGACCAGACGCGUAAGGCUACUGAAACAUUGGACUUGUUCAUUCCCUUAUUUUUUUCCCGAUUAGGCUUUUAAAUUCGCUUCUAAUACAAUAUUCCUGACUACCAGCUGCAACGCCACCAAAAACUCCAUCAGAACUCAGAGGUCAGACAUGUAGCGCUCAUAAAUUAGGCGCCACUCACAUCUCAUCCAUCCUUCAGGCACGUACCGUACUGGCUUCCUGUCCGUCAACGCAUCAUUUUCAAAGUCAUUCUUCUCGUCUAGCAAGUUCUUCAUUGCACUGCACCCUCAUACAUACAAGACCUAGUGCACGACCCACCACGGCGACUCCGCUCUAGCUGCUCACACCCAAGUUAUUUACAUCCCAAGUUCACGGCACUCCUGGGCCGUGAAGGCGAUCGCUUUCAAGUUCUGGCCCUGAACUGUGGAACACACUCCACCCUCACCUCCAUCCUCACCCCCGAAAUGGAUUUACCUCUCCAUGUUCCGUAUAUCAUUUUACAUGUAUAAAUUAUAGUUAAUGCCUAAUUCUGAAACUUACAUUGAGGUAUGGAAGAAGAAAUUACAGCAAGAUUAUCACUUAAAUUAUACUGGAGGCGCACACAAGUAGUUAAUUUCAGUUAACUUAAUUGUGUUGUAUUAGUAACAUUUUUAUUUUUUUAUUUUUUUGCUUUUAAGCUGUUGAGCAUGUUGAAUAAUAGAAACGCCCGUAUGAAGCGCCCUAUAAAUGUAAUUAUUAUUAUCA